AUGAAGGUGUUCGUCCUCUUGGCUCUCAUUGCUAUCGCUCAAUGCGGAUAUCCAACGGCUCAGAACAGCUACCCAACUCCGCCACCGCAAAACGCGUACCCGGUGGCUCCAAGCUAUCCAACCAAACCUUCAUAUGCUGCUCCACCACCACCACCAGCUGACAGCUACAUCCAGAAGCCGAGCUAUGAUGUCGCCGCUUCUCCGACCCUAGCUCCAGUGGCCCCACCAGCACCAUCUUAUGGAAGCGCUCCAAGCUACUCUUCAUCGGCUUCUUCUCCAUAUGGAGCUGGAUCGGAUACGAGUUCAUUCGCAACUUCUGCUUCCUCGUCUUCCUCCAACUAUAAUGUGCAAAGCACUGGAACUAUUGCUGGUGGAGCCCCAUUGAACUACAACACCGCUCCAUCUUAUAGAAGAAGAGCCCGAGCUCGCACCGCCGUCAACCGCAAAUUCCACCGUCAUGCGCUUCGCCCAAUCCGCCGCAUGAUGCACAGAAAGGCGAGACACUAA